UUUUGAAAAGCCCUAUAUUUUAUUAUUAUUUUAUUUAUUUAAAUUUUUAUCUACCGCGGGAUAUGUUUUACUGUAUAAUUGAAAAGUGUUCUUUUAAAAAUCAUUUAACUCAGUUUUUUGAGCGCGAAAAUGUAUCGGAAAAUUUGGUACAAACCAUUGCACCAGCGAAAAAUUUGGCGGCAGAUGUCCUUAUUAAAUAAAAUUAUUUACUACCAACAACCCUUCGUGGAACAUUUGGUGAGCACAUGGCUGCAGCCAUUACCAUUUCCAACCAUACUCAAAGUGAUUGUCAGCUCCGUUUUGGCGCUAUUCAUACUGCUACCGAUCAUAUAUCCAGCUGUGAUAUUUAUUUGGUCCUACGCGGAAAUACAAUAUAUUUUCGAGAAUCAUUAUGGCAUAGAAUUUCCGGAGAAACUCAAUGUGCUUGGCUAUCUACAACGGCUGUACUCCUUUCGCAUUGUCAACGAGAGGUAUAAUCUGUUUUUGGUGCUCUACUUGGAACGUUGGCGCAUUGUGGGCACUGCAAUUGCCUCGACCGUAGAUUAUAUAAGAUUGGCGCUAUGUUUACUAUUUAGUCCAUGAAGAAGAAAAAUUUAAAUAUGACAACAAGAAAUAGAAAUAGAAAAAAAAAUAAAAUAUA